AUGGCUUCCAGAUCAGAGGAGGAUUUCUGCUGCCCAGUCUGUCAGGAGGUCUUCAGAGAUCCUGUUGUUCUGUCAUGUAGCCACAACUUCUGUAAAGUCUGUCUGAAGAACUGGUGGAAAGAGAAAUCAACACACCAGUGUCCAGUUUGUAAGAGAAGAUCUUCAAGAGAUGAUCCACCUUUAAACUUGGCCUUGAGGAACCUGUGUGAGUCCUUCUUGCAGGAGAGAGAUCAGAGAUCUCCAGAGGCUCUCUGCAGUCUGCACUCUGAGAAACUCAGACUCUUCUGUCUGGAUCAUCAGCAGCCAGUGUGUCUCGUCUGCAGAGAUUCAGAACAACACUCCAAACACAGAUUCAGACCCAUCGAAGAAGCUGCACAGCAGCAAAAGAAGAACCUUCAGAAAACACUGGAGCCCUUAAAGGAGAAGUUAAAGGUUUAUGAAGAAGUUAAAAUGGAGUUUGAUGCAACAGAAAAACACAUCAAGGUCCAGGCCCGACACACAGAGAGGCAGAUUAAGGAGCAGUUCGAGAAGCUUCACCAGUUUCUAGCAGAGGAAGAGGAGGCCAGGAUGGCUGCACUGAGGGAGGAAGAGGAGCAGAAGAGUCAGAUGAUGAAGGAGAAGAUGGAGGCUCUGAGCAGAGAGAUAGCAGCUCUUUCCGACACAGUCAGAGCCACAGAGGAGGAGCUGAGAGCUGAAGACGUCUCAUUCCUCAACAACUACAAGGCUGCAGUGGAAAGAAUCCAGCGCUGCCCCCUGCUGGAUGAUCCACAGCUGCCCUCAGGAGCUCUGAUAGACCAGGCCAAACAUCUGGGCAACCUGGCCUUCAACAUCUGGUACAACAUGAAGGACCUGGUCUCCUACACUCCUGUCAUUCUGGAUCCAAACACUGCUAAUCCAUAUCUGAUCCUGUCUGAAGAUCUGACCAGUGUGAGAUUAGGAGAUGAACAACAACAACUUCCUGAUAAUCCAGAGAGGAUAGAUUUUUACUGGUCUGUCCUGAACUCUGAGGGCUUGGACUCAGGGACUCAUGGCUGGGACGUUGAUGUUGGAGAUACCACAUUCUGGAUACUGGGUGUGGCGGCAGAGUCUGUCCAGAGGAAGGGAGACAUACGAUCUCAAUGGUGGGGAAUAGGAUUAUAUGAAGGUAAAUACUCAGCAGAUUCACCACCAGCUCCUUCCACUGUUCUCACAGUAGAGAAGAAGUUCCAGAGGAUCAGAGUGAAUCUGGACUGGAACAGAGGAAAUCUGUCCUUCUCUGAUCUUGAUACUAACACACAUAUACACACCUUCACACACACUUUCACUGAGAGGAUGUUUCCAUUCAUUUUCAAUGGGGAUAAACUCCCAGUGAAGAUAUUACCAGAUCAGUUAGAGGUAAACAGGAUGAUUAUAAAUGUACUUGUAGAAUCAAUGGUGACAGGUUGUAACUCAGAGUUUGUCCACAUGGAGGCAGCGAUGCUCUUACACUACGCCAGUCCCUUUACCAACAUCAGACACGAAAGAUGCCCUUCCAUCUCCACAGUCACCUUUGGUCUUCUAAAUAUCCGUUCACUUACCAACGAGGAACUUCUCAUCCAAGACCUCAAAUCCAACCGCAACCUGGACUUCAAAUGCCUCACUGAAACAUGGAAACAGCACAAUGACUACACAUCCCUUAAUCCCCAAGAGUCAAAACCCCCAAGUCAGAGACCGCGAUGUUCUGCUGGAAAAUGGAGGAUUGUUCCCCCCGUGUUCGGGAAGUUCAAGUAUCCCAGCUGUUGGCAAGUGAUGAUGGCUUCCAGAUCAGAGGAGGAUCUCUGCUGUCAGGUCUGUCAGGAGGUCUACAAAGAUCCUGUUGUUCUGUCAUGUAGCCACAGCUUCUGUAAAGUCUGUCUGAAGAACUGGUGGAGACAGAAUCCAUUACACCAGUGUCCAGUUUGUAAGAGAAGAUCUUCAAGAGAUGAUCCACCUUUAAACUUGGCCUUGAGGAACCUGUGUGAGUCCUUCUUACAGGAGAGAGAUCAGAAAUCUCCAGAGGCUCUCUGCAGUCUGCACUCUGAGAAACUCAGACUCUUCUGUCUGGACCAUCAGCAGCCAGUGUGUCUCGUCUGCAGAGAUUCAGAAAAACACUCCAAACACAGAUUCAGACCCAUCGAAGAAGCUGCACAGCAGCACAAGAAGAAACUUCAGAAAACUCUGGAGCCCUUAAAGGAGAAGUUAAAGGUUUGUGAAGAAGUUAAAGUGAAGUUUGAUGAAACAGAAAAACACAUCAAGGUCCAGGCCCGACACACAGAGAGGCAGAUUAAGGAGCAGUUCAAGAAGCUUCACCAGUUUCUAGCAGAGGAAGAGGAAGCCAGGAUGGCUGCACUGAGGGAGGAAGAGGAGCAGAAGAGUCAGAUGAUGAUGAGGAAGAUGGAGGCUCUGAGCAGAGAGAUAGCAGCUCUUUCAGACACAGUCAGAGCCACAGAGGAGGAGCUGAGAGCUGAAGACGUCUCAUUCCUCAACAACUACAAGGCUGCAGUGGAAAGAGUCCAGCACUGCCCCCUGCUGGAUGAUCCACAGCUGCCCUCAGGAGCUCUGAUAGACCAGGCCAAACAUCUGGGCAACCUGGCCUUCAACAUCUGGAACAACAUGAAGGACCUGGUCUCCUACACUCCUGUCAUUCUGGAUCCAAACACUGCUCAUCCAGAAAUGAUCCUGUCUGAAGAUCUGACCAGUGUGAGACGAAGAGAUGAACAACAACAACUUCCUGAUAAUCCAGAGAGGUUUGAUUAUUACUGUUUUGUCCUGGGCUCUGAGGGCUUUAACACAGGGACUCACAGCUGGGAUGUUGAGGUUGGAGAUAACACAUUCUGGACAUUGGGUGCGUCAGCAGAGUCUGUCCAGAGGAAGGGAAUCAUAGAGUCUGGAUGGUGGGGAAUAUGGUUCUAUGAAGGUAAAUACAGAGCAUGGUCACCACCAGCUCCUUCCACUGUUCUCCCAGUAAAGAAGAAGUUCCAGAGGAUCAGAGUGAAUCUGGACUGGAACAUAGGACAACUUUCGUUCUCUGAUCUUGAUACUAACAAACACAUACACACCUUCAGACACACUUUCACUGAGAGGAUGUUUCCACUCAUUAACACUGGGGAUAAACUCCCAUUGAAGAUAUUACCAGUGAAUCAGAGCAGUUAGAGAUAAACAGGAUGAUUAGAAAUGUGUAGAAAUGUGAUCAUAAAAUUCUGUCUAGAUUGAUGUGUUGUUUUCUCAGGGUUCAGGUUACAGGAAACUCUACAACAAAAGCAGAUUUAUUUGUACAAAAAAAUAACAAAAAAAGGAAAUGUUGAGAUCUUGGAUUUAACAUUGUGAUCUUGAAGAAAUGAUAAAAUCACAGCUCCUCCUCGUGGUUCAUUCUCAGACUUGUGGAUUCAGCAGGUGCAGGUUGUAAUUCAGAGUUUGUCCACAUGGAGGUGAAGAAGAAUAUAAAAAAAAAAAAAACAAUAACAAAUGUGAAAGAAUAUAUAUACAUGUGCAAAAAAAAGCAACACUGGUAAAAAAAAAUAUGUAUAUAUGUGGGAAAAUAGACUUAUAGAGAUAUUCUGUAUAUACAGUGUGGAAUGGAAGUUAUAAUUGCUCAAAUUGGUAAUAUAACUGCCAAAAUUUUUAAAAUGUAGACAGUGAGGUAGUUUGUGUAAGAUAAUGCAGUGCAUCAAAAGCAGAUUUAUUUGUGCAUAAAAACAACAGAAAAAGGCAAUGAUGUGAUCUUGAAUUUAAAUGAAAAUAUUUUGAUCUUGAAUAAAUGAUUAA